ACAAAAAAAUUGCACAAUUAUUGAAUCUAAAUUUUAUGGCUUUUUUCAUUGAAAUUCAUCAAAUUUUUGAAUAAAAAUUCGAUUUUCUUGAAAAACUAUUAAUUUGGCAUUCAGAGCCAAAAAAAGAUGAAAAACAUGCCAGUAGAUAUUAACACGCUAACGGAAGGUUGGCUUGAGCUCGAAAGCGAUCCCGGAUUAUUCACACUUUUGUUGGAGGAUUUCGGCGUAAAAGGCGUUCAAGUUGAGGAAAUUUACGAGCUACAUCGAAGUAUCGAAGGACCCGUUUAUGGCUUUAUUUUCUUGUUUCGAUGGAGUGAAGAGCGUCGAGCACGAAGGAAAAUUGUUGAAACCACAGAAACUUUUGUGAAAGAUGAGGAAGCUGUUAAUGACAUUUUCUUUGCUCAACAAGUCGUUCCAAAUUCGUGUGCAACUCAUGCCUUGCUUUCAGUUCUGCUAAAUUGCUCAGAUAUCGAUUUAGGUUCAACUUUAAGUCGUUUAAAGCUUCACACAAAAGGCAUGUCACCCGAAAACAAAGGCUUGGCAAUCGGAAAUACGCCCGAACUUGCUUGCGCUCACAAUUCCCACGCUUCAAGCGGCGCAAAACGUCGUGUCGAACGCAAUUCAGGCGGAAUCAGCACAGGAAGAUUCACCGGCGAAGCCUUUCAUUUUGUCAGUUUCGUGCCAAUUAACGGAAAACUCUUCGAACUCGAUGGCUUGAAGCCUUAUCCGCAAGAUCACGGUCCGUGGGAAGAAGGCGAGCAAUGGACUGACAAAUUUCGUCGCGUUAUGGUCGAUCGUCUUGGCACGGGAGACAUUCGUUUCAGUUUGAUGGCUGUCGUGCCAGAUCGUCGCAUCGCCAUUCAACACAAACUCAAAAUGCUGAAAACGAACCAAGCGAUCGUUCAUGCGGCUUUGGAAAAAAUCGUCAAGACUGAACAAGGCGAUGCCGAACAAAAAGAAAAUGACAACAAAUCAGAAUCUGUUCCAUCAUCCUCGCAAUCGUCGCUUUUUGAAUCGGGAGCUUUUAGUCCGAAAGAUCUCUUGGCGCUGCUAAAAAAUUUAGAAUCCGAAAUUUCGUCGACGGAACAAAGUUUGUUGGAUGAAAAUGAGCGACGGGAAAUGUUCAAAGUCGAUGAUUGUCGAAGGACGCACAAUUACGACGAAUUUAUUUGUACUUUUUUGCAAAUGUUGGCGGAACGGAGGCAUUUGUACACGAUGGUGUCGCAACAUUUGACGGCAUCGCGGAAAAUUAGCAGUGCGAAUGUACAAAAUGCGCGAAUUGUCAAGCCGAAUGUCGCGAAAAAGGCGUCGCCGAAGACGGCAACGGGCAAGAGGAGGCGUGGAAGGAAGGAAGGCAAGAAAAAGAGGAAAUAAAUUGAUAUUUUUUUGACACUUCUCGCUGUGCUGAGGAGGAAAAAUGCAUUUUUUUUACUUUUUUUGUUAAGGUCGCUUUAAAUUAAAUUGAAAAAAAAAUUAAUUCAAUUUCUUUUAAAAUUGAAAAAAAAAAUUUCUUGA